AUGAAGGGGAAGUUUAUAAGAGCAUGUGCAAACAAAUGGAGGAAGCUAGGGAGCAAAGUGGUGCCUUGUACACCCUGCGAGCACUGUUGCCAAUGGGUUCUGUGGUCUCCUUUGCACCAGGAUUGCUUCAUUCCACGAGAUGUCCCAAAGGGUCACUUGGUUGUUUAUGUGGGUGAGAAUUACAGAAGAUUUGUGAUCAAAAUCAGUCUUUUGAAUCACCCUUUGUUCAAGGCAUUGCUGGAUCAAGCACAAGAUGAGUUUGAUUUCACUGCUAACUCAAAACUCUGCAUUCCUUGUGAUGAGAACCUUUUCCUUAGUGUUGUCCACCGUGCUAGCUCGUCGUGCUAG